AUGUCCAUCUUGAGGACUUCAAUCUCACUUCGAGAAGUAGGCGCUAACGUCCGCUUACGCACCCAGCUCUAUGUUUACCCCAUCAAAUCCCUGCGGCCGACGACCGUCACCGAGGGCGAAUUAACGCCUCUGGGCUUUCGCUAUGACCGCUGCUUCAUGCUGCUGAAAGUUGAGCCUGGAGAGAACGGCGCAGAGCCCACGCUGAAGAACAUGCAUGUCCCGGAUUUUCCCGCGAUGGCCCUCUUCCAGACAAACAUCGAGAUAUCAGAGAGCAAGGAAGUGAACAGCAAAGUCAUCGUGACAUACCACCCACCAACACAAGGAGACCUCAAUCAGAGUCGGACUCCCCGAGACACCAGACGCCUUGAGAUUCCGCUCCACCCUAACGAGAAACAACUUAAGCCGCUCAAAAUCACGAUGCACCAGAGCCCGACGACAGGGUUCGACAUGGGCGCAGAGUACAACGACUGGUUCAGCGAGUGUUUCGGGUACCGGGUGGUGCUGGCCUUCCUAGGGCCCAACACACGAGGCGUGCUCGGCACCCUGGCGCCCGCAAAGCGGAACAAGGAGCGGUGGUGGAGUGUAUGGCGCCAAGAGCUCACGCUUCCCGGAAACAAGCUCGUCGACCGAUGGAUCCAGCUCAUCUGUCUGGCCAGCCUUUUCCUCAACGUGGUGGGCUGGAGUCUGCGACGGUUCCAAAGCGGCCUGCCGGGCCCUCAAGCGCUGGGUCUCACAUCCGUCGUCCUUGGAGGGCUCUGGGCCGCUGUGAACUGGUACGCGCAGCGCAAGCAUGAGGCGCGGAUCACGUUCGCAGACUGCGCACCGUAUCUGGUCAUCUCGGAAACUUCGGUGGACAACGUGUCUGCGCGGCUGGCGGGGGAUGAAGAAAUGGACCGGACCAAGUUCCGGCCGAAUAUAGUGGUUUCCGGGGCGGAGAGGGCAUUUGAGGAAGACUUUUGGGCGGAGCUAGCCAUCGGGACUACGUCAAAGGCGCAGCUACUGUUGACGGCGAAUUGCGUACGGUGCCAAAGCCUGAAUGUGGACUUUGAGACAGGCAAGAUGGGGACUGGCGAGGCGGGAAGCGUGCUGAAGAAGCUGAUGAAAGACCGGCGGGUGGACAAGGGGGCACGGUUCAGUCCCGUCUUUGGGCGUUACUCGUUUCUCGGAAAGAUGGCAAUUGGGCAGAAGAUACGGGUCGGUGAUGAGGUUGAAGUUGUCGCACGGGCGAAGGAGCAUUCAGUUAUCGGUGAGUGA